AUGGAUUUAUAUUAACAUCUGGCUGUAAUAAAAAAAAAUUUUUUAUGGGAUGUUAAGACAGGACAAUUUACAUUAGCAUCUGGUAGUAAUGAUAACACUAUUCGUUUAUGGGAUGUUAAGACAGGAUAGUAAAAGAUCAAAUUGGAUGGUCAUAGGAAUUCAGUCAAACUUUCACCUGACGAUACUAUAUUAGCAUAUGGUAGUAGUGAUAACUCUAUCCGUUUUUGGGAUGGAAAAUCAGGAAAAGAAAUUCAAUCUUAGGAUAAAAAUUAUAAAGAUAUAUUUUAUUAAGACUAAUCCGGUUUGUAAAUAAUAAUAAUUAAGUAAAUCUAUCAUAUAAUAUCCUAGAUGUGUUAUAAAAGAAUGUUGUGUUAAUUAAGUUUUCUUUAAGUAAAUUAUAUCAAUCUUUAUUUUUAUUAGUUCAUUCAAUUUAAUGUUUUGA